AUGCAGAAUUCUAACAUAAAGCCACUUGCGAGUAUCUCUUCCGCCGAAGACAGCAAUGAAAUCUUGUCAUACGUACAACAACGACGACUUUCAAUAAAUUCAAAUGGACCAGAUAAGAUACCCAAUUCUUUUAAUCUUCACCACCCAUUUCAUCAUGAUGAUAACAUGUCAAGAACUUCAUCAAUACAGUUAUCUGUGAAUGACCUUAUUACUAUGCACACAGAUGAGCUUGGUCCCGAGCCAUCUACAACAACUGUUCAAGAAGUUAAAGUUCUACUUUCUUAUUCAUUUCCUAUGAUUAUAACGUUCAUUCUUCAGUACUCCUUAACUGUUGCUUCUGUAUUUUCUGUUGGAAGAAUAGGUGGAACUGAAUUAGCAGCUGUUAGUUUAAGUUCAAUGACAGCCAAUAUAACUGGGUAUGCCAUUAUUCAAGGUGUGUCUACUUGUUUGGAUACACUCUGUGCUCAGUCAUAUGGAAGAAAAGAUUAUAAUGCAGUAGGUGUUCAUUUCAUCAGAUGUAACUACCUAUUAAUGUUAUUAUUUAUACCGAUAUUUCUGUUUUGGGUUUGGGAAGCUGAACCAGCAUUGUUAAGCUUGAUUAACGCUAACGAAUCUAGUGAUAUGUGUUUAUUAGCUGCUAAUUAUUUAAGAAUAUUGGCAUAUGGAUUACCUGGGUUUAUUUUGUUUGAAAAUGGUAAACAUUUCUUACAAAGUCAAGGGAUGUUUGAAGCAUCAACUUAUGUGUUGGCUAUUUGUGCUCCACUUAAUGCAUUAUUAAACUAUUUGUUAGUAUGGGAUAGUAACAUCGGAUUGGGAUUUCUUGGAGCCCCGCUUUCAGUGGUUAUUACAAAUUGGCUAAUGUUUAUUUUAUUAUACUUGUAUAUUUUCAUUGUUGAAGGAUAUAAAUGCUGGCCAAAACAAGGAUUGCUUAACAGAAUAUUCUUUACCAAUUGGAACAAAAUGAUUUCCCUCGCUAUACCAGGUGUAUUGAUGGUAGAGGCAGAAUGGUUAGCUUGGGAAAUUAUAACAUUUUCAGCUGCUAAAUUUGGUACUAAGGUCUUAGCUGCACAAUCAAUCAUAACCACUACUUGCAUAUUGAUCUAUCAAGUUCCAUUCGCUUUGGGUAUUGCGACCUCUACUAGAGUGGCUUGGUUUAUUGGGGCUGCUUCCAAAGAAACAGCAAUUACUGCAACCAGGGCUUCAUUAUUGACCUCACUAGCACUAGGACUAAUUAAUUGUACGUUCUUACUAUUGUUUCGUCAUCCAUUGGCUUCAUUAUAUACCAAGGACAAAGAAGUGAUCAAGUUAGCGGCAAGAGUGUUAGUGAUUGGAGCAAUAUAUCAAAUCAAUGAUUUCCUAUCAUGUUCCACAGCUGGAAUUCUCCGAGGUCAAGGACGACAAAUGAUAGGUGGUAUCCUAAACUUGGUGGGUUAUUAUUUGAUUGCGCUUCCUGGUGCAUAUUUUUUUGCAUUCGUUGCAAACCUAGAAUUGCUCGGCCUUUGGUGCGGAAUGAUAAUUGCGCUCGGCUUUGUUUCCCUAACUCAAUUAUACUUCGUAAUUAUAAGCGACUGGGAUAAUGUAAUUGACAAAUGCAUAAAUGAGGGUAUAAGCGAAGAUGGACAUUUGAAUAUCGAAACACAUUCUUUGUUGCCGAGUAUGAGCAACUCAGGGGCCAUAUAG